UUGUUCCUUUUGUUUUACGUGGAACCCGUUGAGACGAUUAAAACCAGAGGCAUGACAAGGAACCCAUCAAUAUCAUCCAUGGAGAUUUCCCUUUCCCUUCCCCUCCUCUCUUCAUCUGAACAAUGCUGUUUAUGAUUACUUUUGAAUUUUUAUUCUUCUGAGCAUCGGCAUUGGCAUUGGGUAUUGCAGAAUCCUAGGAUCUCCACGCAGGUGACGGAGGCACCCUUUGAAGAAGAAGAAGAAGAAGAAGAUUUUUAGCACAUCUUCAUCUCCUUUGUCGCAAAAAUGAUGCAGGAAUUGUCUGCCAUUGAUGAUCUGCCUGCAAGCAACGUGGAACUCAAACCAGAAAAGUUUGAAGGCGGGAAGGAUGGAGGUCCUUCGUUCCAUUGUGAUCUUUACGACACAGAGUUAGUUCACAAGAUAGCUCAAGUGUUCAUCCCUGGAUUAGCUACAGCUUGUGUUGACAACACUUCUGGUGAUAUCUUCCGGACCCCUGGUUCAGUGGCUGCUGAUAUCAGAAAGGAAAUGGUGGAGUAUAUUACUCAGAGAAGCCAAAAUUUUGUGGCAGAAUCCGUUAUCUUGGAAGGUAGCACAGAUGCACAAGUAUCUGAUCAUCCGUAUGAUAUCAUUUCUGAUUUUGUCGAUGACUUUGCAAGUUCCAAGAGAAAUCUGUUUGGUCGGGUUUCAGGAUGGCUGCUAAGUGAAAAAAGAGAAGAUAAGAUAGAUGAUUUUGUUCAAGAGAUGGAAAUAAACGGGUUUUGGUUGAUUGAUAAAAGAGAAGCUAUAGCACAGACUCUGCUUAAAAAUGUUGACUUUAAGGAUGGACAUCACUGCAACAUGAAGUUUAACUCUCCAGAAGCGCUUGCCGAGCAUGCUUCAAGCUGCAGUUUUAGGUCUAUGACUUGCACAAAUGAGGGGUGUACUGCUGUAUUUUGUGCUAGCCACAUGGAGAAACAUGAUUCAAUUUGCCCGUUCAAGAUAAUUCCAUGUGAACAAAACUGCUCCAAUACCAUCAUGAGACGCCAGAUGGACAGACACUGUAUUACCGUCUGUCCAAUGAAGCUUGUUAGUUGUCCUUUCUAUGCAGUGGGUUGUCAAUCCCCUGUACCACAUUGUAAAGUUGAGCAACAUCGUUCAGAUGAUAUCCAUUCUCACUUGCUUUUCAUUCUUCAAACUAUUCACAAGGAAGCGUCUGCAGAGGAUCUAAAGAAACGAGUGGAGCAAGUAGAAAAGGCAUCUUCAUCCAGUCAAUUAGUGGAAGCUCGAGAUGUGAGGUCGUUAACAUCUGCAGUCAAGGGUAUUGAAGAGAAACUUGGUCCAAUGGAAGUGACCAGCAAGCACCCAGAGGAUGUUGAAUCAAAGCUAGGGCCAACAGAUUUGAGCAGCAAAAAUUCAGAGGGUCCUGAAGCAAUAUUAGGGCCAACGGAAGUGACCAGCAAACCUGCUGAGGAUCUUGAAGCAAAACUUCAGCCACAGGAAGUGAACAGAAGUGCACCAGAGGAUGUUGAAACAAAACUAGGGCCAAAGGAAGUGAGCAGCAAACCCCCAGAGGAUCGUGAAAAUAAACUAGGGUCAAAAGAAAUGAGCAGCCAACCCCGAGAGGAUCUUGAAACAAACCAAGGGUCAAGGGAAGUGAGCAGCAAACCCCGAGAAGAUCUUGAAACAAACCAAGGGUCAAAGGAAGUGAGCAGCAAACCCCCUGAGGAUCCUGAAACAAAGGUUGGGACAAGGGAAGUGAGCAGAAAAUCCCCAAAGGAUGUUGAAAAAAAGCUAGCACCAAAGGAAGUGGACAACAAACCCCCCAAGGAUCCUGCAACAAAGGUUCGGCCAAAGGAACUGAGCAGAAAAUCCCCGCAGGAUGUUGAAGAAAAACUAGAGCCAAAGGAAGUGGACAGCAAGCCCCUAGAGGAUCAUGAAGCAAAAAUCGGGACAAGGGAUGUGGACAACGAAUCCCCGAAGGAUAUUGAAGCAAAACGGGAGCCAAAGGAUGUGAAAAAAGAAUCCCCCAAGGAUAUUGAAGCAAAAUACGGGCCAAAGGAAGUGAACAAUGAAUCCCCCAAGGAUAUUGAAGCAAAAGUAGGGUCAAAGGAAGUGAGCAGCAAAGACUCGAAGGAUAUUGAUGCAAACGUAGGUCGUAAUGAAAUCAGCAGCAAACACCAAAAGGAUCUUGAAGCAAAACUGAGGCCGGCAGAAGUGAGCAGCAAACACAAGGAUAGUGGAGAGAGUAGGGAAACCUCAACUUCUCAAAAUGCCUUGGAGGAUGCUGAAACAUAAAUCCUAACCUGCCAAGUCUCCUGUUUUACAAAACCUUAUUCACGUUUGGUAGAGCCAUCGCAUUGCCAGAAACUGAGUCAUCUGUACCUGUCCUCUUGGUUGUCGACCAGUCAGUUUGAUCUUUACAUAGAUACUUCUAUGAUCAGCUUAUUUUGUGCCUCAUUGUUUAUUCUUUGUUUACCUUAAUCAUUUUUUGUAAGCAAUAGAACGUUGUUAUACAGUUUAUAGGUUUUACUCUGGAAUAUUUGUCUAGUGACAAUGUGAUAUCACUUUUGUCAAGUGGCAGUGUAGCCACCUAGUUAAAACAUCGGCGACAUCUCUUUCUGUCAA